AUGGCACUGAAGCUGAAAUAUACUGACGAGCACGGCAUACUUCACAUCGACAUGAGCCCGUCCGGCAGCCCCAUCGAGCCGGACCAGCCCACCGACCCCAAGUUUGACACCAUCAACCAUCGCUUCGGGAACUACGACCUCUUCGGAGGGAAAUAUGACGACAGAAAAUACGAAGACAACGCCGAAACGCAGUCCCUGUUCCGAAGUCGAUACAACAGCUUCGAAGAGGAAUUCGCGAACACUCCGUACGCGUUCGCAAACCGUGUACAUGACGAGCCGGUAUUAGAUAUCACAAUCGACUCGCGCGCAGACGUGUCUCCCUCCAAAGACAUCGAGAACGACCGAUUCUUCGAGCGAUCCGAUUUGUUCGGUCCGAAAAUCGACUUGAAGACGUCUGAAGCGUUCUCAGUGUCGCAUUUGAUACACGCGCAGGAUCGAUAUUUCGAUUUGUCGACUAGGAUCGCGAAGAAGGGUGUGGUGAGGACAUUGGCGGAUAGCUUCGAGGUGAAAAGUGCGCCGGGCUCGGCUAAACGGGUCAGGAGUGUUAAAACUAGUGAUGGGGAGGCUUUCAAGGUGUUGUCGGCGGACAGUGUGAAGGGGUUCCGGGGCGCAGCGGCAAAAGUACCUGCGGUGUCAACCUCGAAGCGGAAACGUGAGACGUCAUUCGCGAUCAUCACCGAGCCUACCGCCUCCCGGCCGACCAGCCCUCACUCCCUACCCGUGGAGAUCAGACCCGGGAGAGUUUCACCGUUUAAAGGUCGAGGCUUCAGGGAAGAGACCUCACGUCACAACACACCUAAAACCUCAGCUGCCAACUCUAGAUCAAACUCUCCUCCAAGAAGAACUAACUCCUUGACAAGGUUUGACAACAUGGCGCAAGUCGCCACUUUACCACCCCCUGGACCUGUCCAUAGGCCUCCUAGAGACUUCCUGAAAGAGAACAUGGAGGAAAUAAGAGAAUUAAGUGAGUUAAAUAGAGAAAAGAACGAAGCAGAAUUAGAGAAACAAAGAAGAGAAGAAGAGAUAGCUUUAUUGAAAGAAAUGGGGUUGUUAGAUAGAAAGAGUAAUGUCAAUUCCAGGACGAAUUCGAGAAGUAACUCUCCCGGUAGAUUAAAUUUAAGGUCUCGAUCAAAUUCCCCGUCGGCGAUAUUACAUUUCGAGAAUAUUCCAAGAAAUAGUUCAGAAUUUCUGAAUAAAGAAGAAACGAUAUCUAGACCUGUGGCACAUCGAUCAAGAGUACGUUCACUAUCAAAAUCCCAACCACAAUCAAAUAACGUUUCUCCAAAAAAUUCCAAAAUUCCAAAACGCCAAAAUUCUGUCUCUCCUACAAGAAGUAACUCUAGACUAUCUGUAGAUAAAAAAUUGAACGCAAAUCAAAGGUAUAUGUCGAACAGUACAAGUAGUAUACACGAAACUAUAAGAAUAGGAAGUCAAAUGCACGAUAAAAGAACUACUCAAAGUAAUCUACAGUUAAAUGCCGCUCAAUCUAAUGUGAAAGGCAAACCUCCAAUAUCUCCUAGCAGGAGUGGCCCACCACCUUCUAAUAAGUCCAUUAAUCCAAAAAGGCUAUCACCAAUAGUUGGCACGCCGAGUAAAAGUCCGAUUGAAGAUGCGAAGCCAGGCUCAGCUAAAACGAACUCAAAACCUACUCCGGCAGCUAAGAAGACUGUAAGGACAACUGUUAGUAACCCUGCUACGUCUAGAUUAAAUUCUAGACAGACCAGCAGAACCACUAGUAGAGACUCCAGUCCAGAAAAACGUAAGCCAGCAGCCAGACCAACAAAAUCUAGUAGCACUGUCAAACCACCAGUAAGCACUAAAACAGCACCAAAAACGACUAUUUCAAACAAAUCAGAAACGAAAAAGCCAGUGAGCCGUACUAAUAGUGUGAAAAAUUUAACUAGAGUCCCCAGUACUAAGAAUUUAAACGACAAACCUCCAUUGAGCAGACAAGUAAGCAAAAAAGAUUUAUCUGCAAAAUCAAAAUCCACGACUAAACUAAACGAAAUAGCCUCUAAAAGUGACAAAGGUGAGAAAAGUUUAACUAAAACUAAAGAGGUUAAGAAAAGUACAAAUGUCGAAAAUAAAGGAAAAGAAGUUGUAACUACAGCAGAUGCAAACUUUGGCGAAUCUGUAGAAACUCAAGAUAACGGAACCCAGUAUGAUAAAUCUAAAAAUCAAAAUGGUGAUAUGGUGAUCCUUACAAAGAAAAAUAUUGUAUCAAUGACUACAGCUGCUAUUACUUCACAACCAUUAGAAGUAGUCGCUACAGUUACCAAUCAAUUACCUGCAGUUUUGGAAAAGGCUAGAGAAAAAGGUAUGUUUGAAAGACUUAGCUCUAAGGAUUCUUUAGUUGGUAAAGAAGAGGAGAAGAUUACAAAGGAAACAGUUGAAGAGAAGGAGAAAGAAGAAAAAAAACCUAAAGCAAAAACUGAAAAGACUAUAUUCGCAGAAGACAAUGUAAGACUACGACCUCUACAACCUCCAUAUAACAAUCCCCAUUUAGAGAGAGUUAAACAAAAAAUUGACACGUUAUUAAAAGAGCCCGAGAUUUCUACUGAAAAUAUUUUAGCAAUGGCUAAAGCUAAAGAAGCCGCAGCCAAAAAUAUCGCAGAAAAAGCUAAAUCUAGUAUAAAAGAAGCUAAAAGUGAAAUGAAAGAAACUGCGGUUGAGAAAAAAGAUGAAGUUAUCAAGAAAGGAGAAGAAAUGACUGCUGAAAUACGUUCUGAAGCCACUAAAAUUGUUGACAGCAUCAUAACCCCUGUCGAGGAACCUGAAAAAUUACUCGAAAAAGCUAAAGAUGAUACAAAAAAAGCUAUAGAGCCUGUCGUUAAAGUUGUAAGUGAAAAGAAAAAAGAGAUAAAAACGGAAGUCAGUGAGAGAAUAACCGAGACGUUGGUUCAAGGUGGGCCGGAAGUCGAUGUGCAGAGUUCUAAUUUUUCAACGCCUGGGGAAAAGAUGGCGCUGAAACCGUCCGGCGGGAGCGCAUCGGAUAAAUCGCACAGCAAUGGCGGAUUCGGGGCCGCGUCCAAACUGUUAAGAUUUCCUCAAAGCACCGGCACCACGCCAAAACCACCCCCCAGAGCGCAUCGUGGUAGCAAAGAAAAAACCCCGCCAUCAGGGUCUGAUCAAACCCCAACCCAACCCAAGCCAAACAUCUGUGUGCGACUGAUGGGUAAAUGCAAGACUAAAUGCUGCCCUUGUUGCUUGAAAAAAGGGCCAGAACGCUUAGAAGAAGAUGGCGAUACGUCAGAAAGAGAGGAAGAAGCAGAUGGGAAUGAGAAAAUAAAGUUCUGGAAGAAAAUGAACUGCUUUAAAAAGAAAGUACCUGAAGAGGAAGUUGAAAUCGCCGCGGGAAAAGGCACGACGAUAGAGUUCGAAACGGAAACGAAGCGGAAACGCAAACUGCGCGACAUUCUCUGCGCGUGCUGCCGUCGUCAACGUGUCGCCGACGUGUCGGAGCCGCCGCUACACGCCGGGGUGACGCCGCCCGUCGGCUCGUCCGACGUGGUGAAGGAGGCCGGCUGCUGCGGGAAGCGGAAGGAGGCGGAACGACGGGACAGCAUCCUGAGUGACCAACCACCCUCCACGUGCUGCAACAACCGGCUGUGUCGCUGGAUCAGGGGCGCCUGCAGGAGACAACCCACCGUGGCGGAGUCGGGCAGCCGACGCACCAGUCUCUUCUCCAAAAACAAGAGUCUCUCUCCCACUCUACCUCCUGAGGAUACCCGCAAGAAGCUGGACCCAUCACUCAUUGAGCACACUAGCGUCAUGCGGGGAGCUAUACCGGUGCUGCCCACCAUCCUCGCCUACUUCUGCCUGCUCUGCAACAUCGUCAUACCUGGCUUAGGUACAAUCUUCAGUGGCAUGUUCUGCAUAUGUUUUGGUAUUCCUCGGUUUGGCGUUCACGACGGGGCUAAAUAUAGGAUAGGUUCGUUCAUAAUCAACCUACUGGUGGGGGCGGGGCAGCUGUUCACAGUGCUCUUCUGCCUGGUCGGUUGGGGCUGGUCCAUCUGGUGGGGCUACAUCAUGGUGAAGACAUCCCGUAAAUAUAAGAAACUGAAAGCCGAGGCGGCCGCAGAGGAGGCCGAAGCACCCCCUGUGACUAACAACAACCAUACACGCGCGUAGCAAACUAUCCAAAGCAUACUAAGCAAACCAACUAAACCUGACAUCGCUUAAAAUGCUAAGUUUAAGCAUAUACUUCUAUUGUAAAAGUUUACUCGCUUAAAGCUGAGUAACAUAAUGUAAAAAGACAAAUCUUUGUUCAACGUGUAACCGUACCAAUGUUGGUCGCCAAUUUUGUGUGACAAAUUAAAUUGGCGCCCGAUACGGGACCAACACUUACUCCCAACUCGAAUAAGGUUCGAUCGAGUGGAACACGUUUUCAAAACGUAUAGUACCUAACUCUGAUGAUAAUGGGAUUUCAAAACAUUAUAACGGUACCUCAAAAAUACUCGAAAAUAAGGAACAAAAUCUUUUGUAAUUAUUAAGAAAUAUUGUAUUGAUUUAAGAGAAAGAAAAUUGAAUUCUUGAAGAGUUUGCAAUCGAAUGAUUAGUAAAAAGCAAUUUGACUGUGUAAUACAAAAUUU